AUGACAAGUUUAGACGAUACCAUAAUAUCGCGUCAAAACUUGAUGUUGUUGGAUAACGUAACCAACUAUCAACGUCCAGCAAUAGACUAUUUCCAUCAUAAAUUCAACGAAAACAAACUGGAAAUUCCUUUAAGUUGGACCCUGCUUUUGAAAAUGAGGAAACAUAAAUUGUUAAGAUUGCCCAGCUGUUCCAUUGAAGAUGACAUGGAUUAUAAAAUCUAUUUGGUUAGAUUGCAUCAUUGUCUGUGGAGAAGAUGGUCCAUAGAUUAUUAUCAUUUGGACAAAUGCAAGGCAGAUCCUCUCUCAAUCAAUUGGAAUAAAGAAACGGAUGUUACCGUACUAUAUGGUCCCGAUUUAACGGCCAGUAAUAAUGAUAAUGAUAAUGAUACCAAACAAAAGCUAAACAAGAUAAAUGAUAAAACUAAUACAACAAUAACUACAACUAAUAAUAAUAUUCUAAAACACUCCAUGAAGGGUCAAUCGGAUAUCGAUUCCGUUCUCGAUGAAAAUACAAAUAAUUACGCCUAUGAUACAUAUUCUUCAUCCAUUGACUCCAACACAUCGUCCAUAUUCGAUUCCAAUUCAAAUACAUGCAUGAAAAUUAAAAGUAAUUCCAGUCAAGGUUCUAAUAAUUCCAUUAAAUCUGCAUUAAAAUCAUCAUCACCAUCAUCAUCACAUUGUAAGAGUAAAUGUGCAUUAAAAUUUAAAAAUACAGUCCUAAGAAGAGACAUUGAUAAAUAUGGAUAUUCUCAUGAAUCUAAUAUAAGAAUCAAUGACGUCUAUGGCCUAAGAGACUUGACCAUUCAAGAUUUGAUUCCACGUGCUUACUCGUAUGAUUUCGAAGAUGCAGAUGAUCUACCACGUGAACAUCGUCAUGAACAUCACCACCAUCAUCACCACCAUCAUCAUCAACAUGACAAAUGUGAUUCAAGCUUCGAAUUCGAUGAUACUUUCCUAAAGGAAAGAGAAGAAAAGGGGAGAGAAUUCAGAAGGAAACUUUCAGAAGUAACAAAUGAUACCAGAACUGUCGUUUAA